CAAAGGUCACAGCUGAGAUAUGGAGUUGACUCAUUUGAUCUAGACAGUCACAAAGAAACAAAGUCAGCAAGCAAGCGAGGAGAGAAGACGUCAGGGUUUACUAUGGAGGCCAUCACAGACUUCCAGAAGGUUGCUGUUGGUGUGAUGGGAUUCGGUUUAUUUUUUCUGCUCUUUGGCGUGCUGCUGUACUUUGACUCCGUCUUGUUGGCCAUUGGGAAUAUCAUGUUCCUCACUGGUCUGACGUUCAUAAUCGGCAUCAGGAGAACAGCCCAUUUCUUCUUUCAAAGACAAAAGUUUCGAGCUUCUUUUUUCUUCCUGGGUGGCGUGGCGCUGGUCGUGUGCCGAUGGCCCGUCAUUGGGAUGCUGGUGGAGACUUAUGGCUUUGUCCUGCUUUUCAGGUCUUUCUUUCCCGUGGCUUUGGGAUUUGUGCUGUCAGCCGUGAAUAUCCCUUUCCUCAAUUCAUUUUUCUCCAGCAGCUCGUCCAUGGUGUGAGCAGUGAAGGAGCCGACUGCAGAGAUCACAUACUGCUGAUGAGCGACAAGGUACG